GGGUCGGGGCGGAGCUUCCGUUUUGUGAGGGUCUAUUUCCGGAUUAGGUGGCUAUUGCAGCUGGAACUGAGCAAAGCGGCCCUGAGCUGGCGGGCGUGCUGGGCUGUGGCCCUUGCGCGGUCCACGAUGCUGGGGGGCAGCUCCGAACCCCGGGAGCGUGAGGCGGAAGUCGACGGAGCGGGGGCUCUGCCUGCGCCGCCUGCCAUCGACUUCCCGGCGGAAGGCUCGGACCCCAAGUAUGACGAAUCCGAUGUCCCAGCAGAGCUGCAGGUGUUAAAAGGACCCCAGCAGCAGCCGACAUUCCCUUUUGCCGUCGCCAACCAGCUGCUGCUCGUUUCUCUGCUGGAACACUUGAGCCGUGUGCACGAACCAAACCCACUUCGUUCAGGACAGGUGUUUAAAUUACUUUGUCAGACCUUUAUCAAAAUGGGGCUGCUGUCUUCUUUCUCCUGUAGCGAUGAGUUCAGCUCAUUGAGGCUACAUCACAACAGAGCCAUUACACAUUUAAUGAGGUCAGCUAAAGAGAGAGUUCGUCAGGAUCCUUGUGAGGAUAAUUCUCAUAUCCAGAAGAUCAGAUCAAGGGAAGUAGCCUUUGAAGCACAAACUUCACGUUACUUAAAUGAGUUUGAAGAGCUUGCCAUCUUAGGAAAAGGUGGAUAUGGACGAGUUUACAAGGUCAGGAAUAAAUUAGAUGGUCAGUAUUAUGCAAUUAAAAAAAUCCUGAUUAAGGGUGCAACUAAGACAGAUUGCAUGAAGGUGCUACGGGAAGUGAAGGUGCUGGCAGGUCUGCAGCACCCUAAUAUUGUAGGCUAUCACACUGCUUGGAUUGAACACGUUCAUGUGGCCCAACCGCAAGCAGAUAGAAUUGCUAUUCAGUUGCCAUCUCUGAAAGUGAUCUCCACCCAGGAGGAUGACAGAGGUCAGUCUGAUGUUAAAAAUGAUGAAAGUAAUAGCUCAUCCAUUAUCUUCGCUGAGUUCACCUCAGAAGACGAAAAAUCCUUAGAGUCUGGAAUUGAAAACCAGAAUAACAGAUUGGUGAACUAUACCACCGAAUUGGUCACAAGAGAUGCCAGUGAAUUUGAAUCAUCCAUUGAGUUCCAAGGAAAUGGCUUGUCUGGUUUGUCCAGGUCGAUUGUUGAGAUUCAGCCGCCACGGAGGCUUAAUUCAGGCUUAGAGGAGAAUUUCACAUCCACUGAGGAAUCUUCUGGAGAAAACUUCAACUUGUUGGGGAAGACAGAGGCGCAGUACCACCUGAUGCUGCACAUCCAGAUGCAGCUGUGUGAGCUCUCGCUGUGGGACUGGAUCGUGGAGAGAAACAAGCGGGGCCGGGAGUGUGUGGACGAAGCUGCGUGUCCUUAUGUUAUGGCCAGUGUUGCAACAAAAAUUUUUCAAGAAUUGGUAGAAGGUGUAUUUUACAUACAUAACAUGGGAAUUGUACACAGAGAUCUGAAGCCCAGAAAUAUUUUUCUUCAUGGCCCUGAUCAACAAGUGAAAAUAGGAGACUUUGGUCUGGCCUGCACCGACAUCAUAGAGAACACAGACUGGACCAGGAGGAAUGGGGACAGACUACCAACCCAUACUUCCAGAGUGGGCACGUGUCUGUACGCUUCACCUGAACAGUUGGAAGGAUCUGAAUAUGAUGCCAAGUCGGAUAUGUACAGCUUGGGUGUGAUCCUGCUGGAGCUCUUUCAGCCGUUUGGAACAGAAAUGGAGCGAGCCCAAGUUCUCACAGGUUUAAGAGCGGGUCAGAUACCUGAAUCGCUUAGUAAAAGGUGUCCCGUGCAAGCCAAGUAUAUCCAGCAGCUGACCAAAGAGAACACGUCCCAGAGACCAUCGGCUCUGCAGUUGCUGCAAAGCGAACUUUUCCAAAAUUCCGGAAAUGUUAAUCUCACCCUACAGAUGAAGAUACUAGAGCAAGAAAAAGAAAUUGAAGAACUGAAGAAGCAGCUAAGCCUCCUUUCUCUGGACAAAGGGGUUAAGGAUGACAUGACAGAUGGGGUGUGCCCGUGAAGCCUUAAUCAGGCUCUCUAAGUUUGACAGUGGACUGCAACUCUCUAAGCUAAAGGCACCUGGAAUGCAUAUUUUCAAGCUUGACUAGGGUGUAGGUGGUGUGAUGCCUGCCUGUAUUUAGUAAGCCCGUACGGGACCUAUUAAAGUGAGUAUGUAAGAGGAUCCUCAACUGCUUUUUCCUUAAGUAGUUCUUUUGUGAUCUAGCAUUUUGAACUUGACUGCUCUGAACUAAACCUAUUUUGCUCUUUCCCUUCUAUUACACACACUCAAUUCCUGGAUUUCUUGAUAUGACUGCCCAUCUGGUCUCUCAGACUAAAAGUUUAGACAUCACCCCCCGUUCUUUUUCUCCUUUGAACUCUGCCUGUUGACCACCAAGUCCUCUUGUAGAAGUUUCUACCGCAGGAAUCUAAGAACCAAACCCCCACACCCCAUCACUGCCCAAGCCCUGGCCCGCACACUCGCCGGACUGUUAGUUUUGACAGCUGCCGUUUGUUCUAAGCCUUUCACACUGCUGCCAGUUAGUGACCAAAAGACAGCUCAGCUCACACCCUGUCUCAAAAGCCUCUGCCAUCUCUCUGCUGCCUCCGAGAUAGAACUUCCAACUUAUAGCACAGUGUACAUCAUUCCACCUAUUUCUGGUCUCUUCAUCUUCAACUUCACAUCAUUCCAAAAUCAUGUCCUUUCAAAGCUUUGUACUUCUUGUCUCCAAAAGGAUCUCCCAGCAGCACCAAUCCCAGUGUCCUGCUUUUGCCCCUGCACCGUUCGCGGUGUUCUGUUUCGCACUUAACCCCACCAUGUCCCUCAAAGGCAGCGGUGUGGUCUGCUCACUUUUCUACCCCCAGGUGCCUGCCACAUAGCUGGAGCCUGUCACGGCACAUUGCACAUGAUGAUGUUGCUGAAUUUUAAAUAAAGUGAAAAGCACAAAUCAUACAGUGCUUUUAUUGAUACUUGA